CGCCCGCGCACGUAACAGCGACCGCAACUUUCGCGCGAUCGCGAAUACGUUAACGACACAAUUAAAAAACUAAUUUAAAAAAGCAAGUGCUCUGUUUAAUUAAAAAUAAAAACUAAAUGUAUGUGGUUUUUGCAUAAUGUUGUGUCGCGCGAAUUUCUUUUUAAUUGGAUUUAUUUUGCGAAUAACUUCCGUGUCUCCUAUUGCUGAAAUUGAUCCGGAUGAUGAAGUUCUUCACCUAAUUGGCGAGCCCGAUUUCCGGGAUGUUCGGCUACGUUGGGAGUACGGAAAAGAAGAUGAUGAAGACAAAACUAAUCUUCUAGCCUUUCAAGUCCACUACUGUGAGCUUCAAGCAUGGGGACAAUACCGGUGUCGGACGAAGGUAAUAGAUGAUUUAGAAGAGGAGAGGGCCAGCCGUAUGGUAGCAGACUCGUCCACAACCACGGUGCAGCCAGGCGGUCGGCGCGGGCGCAUGUAUAGCGCGCGCAUUACUGGUUUGCGGAUGGCGACUACGUACUCGUUCGAAGUGCGACCUGUUAAGCGGGACGCCCGUGACCUGGCCGACCCUAACUCUAUUGGAUCUAAAAUUAUUAUCGUUCCGACUAAGGGAUUUUCGGCUCGCGCAACGCAAUGCUUGCCGCAUGCAAGUGAGGUGGAAGUUUCGACAGGACCCUAUUUCGGAGGCCGCAUAGCUGUCGAGGCCGCGGACGGAGGCCCGGAGCGGUGUUCUCUACAAGGCAACCCCAACAGCGCACAGGACGCGUACAUCUUGCGAAUUCACCACGAGGAGUGCGGCUCCGAAGUAAACGAGACCACGGUGGCUACAUACGUCAUCGUGCAAGAGAACUUGCCCAUCCUCACGCAUAGUACUAGGCGCUUUCUGGUUCUGUGUACGUACAAGCCAGAGACGCUUACUGUUCGCGCCGGGAUAAAUCUGCCCAAAGCCAACCCCGGCGAUGUGCUGCACCACAUGAGGCCCAUCGGGUCGGCGGAGCCCUACGACAACCAGGAGUUGGACUACAACGAACUGCAGCCAGCUAGGCUCGAGGCGGACAAGGAGCAAACGGAACAAAGCAUGUUCGGCGAAAUCACACUAGUAAUGUUUCUGGUGGUUGCGGCAUUUGGCGGCAUCGCUCUUUUGAUUUGGAAAAUGGUUCCGCAGGAUUACAGAGACAACAUAUCCAUAGCAACAAUGUCAUCUUUGACACGCAGCGGUAUUUUUGGUAGAAGAAACAGGGACAGAUUUUCAGAUCAAAGUUCAAUAUACUCAAUUACACUAUCGGAAAAGGACGAAGGGACUAUGAAAAAGAAUGGCGCGGACAAUACUUCCGAGGCGUGAAAGAUUAGCACGUAGAAUAUUCAUUAGUUAACUGAGUAUACAUUGCACAAUCAUAGUAUAGCAUAAACAAAAAGCUUAUUUGUAAAUAUUAUUGAGAAUAAUCAAAGGACUGAUUUAUUGCGAUAAAAGUGAAGUUGCUCUCUACUAAACUUAUUGUAUUAAUUUUAUUUGUGUAUUUCUUUAUUGGCCAGUAAGUUUUUGCAUUGUACGUUCACACAUGGUUAGGAUUGCCAUACACAUUUACAUAUAUCAAUUAAUUAGUAACUAUAUAUAUUUUUAAGUGCUCCAGGUAACCCUGGAGCACUUACCGGGAUAGCUCCCGGUAAGAACUUUUGGUAGAGUAUGGGAGAACAUUCCUUAUCUAUAAAUACUUACAGCACAAAUAUAGGUAGUUACCUUAGGAUUUGUGGGUUUAUUCACUAAUUUUGAUAAGGCACCUUCUAUUCCGAUGUAGUUCCUGAGGAGACAUGUCGUAAUAAGGUACAUGAAUAGAUCACUUAACGCCACAAGCUAAUAAUGGGAAUAUAGUCAGUGAAUCGCCUCGUCUACAAGUUGAUCGUCCAAAAUGAUUGCUAACUGUGGAUUGCUUCACGCUCUUCAAAGCCCUAUCGACAAACCUUAAAAAAUACUUUCUUAUUAGCUAACAAAUGAUGUCUAUUCGAAAAUAAGGGAAUGGUGCUGGUCUGAUGCCAACUGGGUGGAAUUACCUUUAAAGGGCUGGAAGUGGAUUUUAUAGCCUGUUUUAUUGAUUUAUCAAAGAACUGCGAUUUAUAAUUAAGUAAGUAUACAAGCGUAAGAAUAAAGUGUGAUAAAACAUUGAG